GUUGUUUUUUGUGCUACAUUCUUGCUCUACUUCUUUUAGCAGAAGGGGCUCUGCGAGUUAAGAAGCUGAAAAUUCUAGAUUCGCGACUUCAGUAUCCCAGCCAACCAGCAGCACAAGAACAAACAAAUCAAAGCCGACGACCUGCGAAUCUCCGCAGGAUCGCCGCCGACAGAAACGCAUCCCGUCACAUCUCCUACCUCUCUACAUUUACUCGGUCGCAGAUUCCAAACAUGAUGAUGGAAGACGAAGACGAUGAUUUCUACGAUCCCGCCGAUGCGGUGCCUGUAACUCAGCAUCAAAAUGGAUCUCAGCAUCCCCCCGCAGAUUCAGGACCGCAGGACUCCAAUGAUGCGGAAGAGGAGGAGAUAGAGGUAGAAGAAGAUGAGGAUGACUUCAAUAUCAUCACCGAAGCACCUGCAGAUGCGCCCCCUCCAGAAGUCCCACAUCCUCGUCACGCCAGUCUCCGCGCGGAGUCUCAAAGACCUUCUUCUUCUGCAGAUGUUUCUACGAUAUCAAAAUCAAUAACGCCCACCGUUACCCCUAAGCUUGAAUCCGUUACCCCUGUGCCUGCUGCUGCAAGGCCUGCGGUCCCUCAGAAACCCGGUUCCGCCUACCCUCCAGUCCAUGCGUCGAACAUCGAUGUCCACGCGAACCCUGUCCAUCCGGCGACCGGUAAACCGAUCAUGUUAACAGACAUGGACACCGACUUCCCAGAGGACGACAAGCCUUGGAGGCGGCCAGGCUCCGACAUUACAGAUUAUUUCAAUUACGGGUUUGACGAGUUCACGUGGGCCAGUUAUGUGUUGAAGCAACAGGAGCUACGCAAGGAAAUUGGAGAUCAGAAGAAACAAUUGGAUGAUAUGCAGGCUUUCUUAAGCAUGGGGCUUCCGCCGAUGCCCGGCGGUCCUCCGGGACCUGGAGGGCCUCCAGGAAGCGCACCACCUCCUAUGCCCGGCAUGCCUGGAAUGCCGGAUAUGUCACAAGAGAUGAUGCAAGGCAUGCUGACGAGCAUGAUGUCGCAAGGUCUGGACCCCUCAUCCAUGGAUCCUAUGGCAUUUAUGCAGCAUGCGCAGGCCAUGAUGGGUGGGCAACCCGGCGCAGGCGGCGGACAACAAGGUCAACCCGGAUUUGGUGGGCAAGGUGGUGGCCAGCCUCAGAUGGGAUACGGAGGCGGCUUUGGUCGGGGUCGCGGGAGAAGAUGCAUUGGCGAUUCGAGCAGAUCUUUCCUCCGCAACGUCAAGAGCCUUGCUCCCCUCCUCGACCGCGUCCUGGUCCAGCGUGUCAAGCCCGAGGCCAAGACCGCCUCCGGUAUCUUCCUCCCCGAGAGCAGCGUCAAGGAGCAGAACGAGGCCAAGGUCCUCGCUGUUGGCCCCGGUGUCUUCGACAAGAACGGCCAGCGCCUCCCCAUGAGCGUUGCUCCCGGUGACCGUGUCCUGAUCCCUCAGUUCGGUGGCAGCGCCGUCAAGGUCGGUGAGGACGAGUACACUCUUUUCCGCGACCAUGAGAUCCUUGCCAAGAUCCAAGAGUAAAUUGGACGAGUGAAAUGAUAUUCAGCUCCGUUGUCUUUCUGUUCACGGGUUAAGGCCGAAUCACUUGUACUAUACCUCCUACGCAAAAUCAUGAGC